CUCGUAGAAAAGAUAUUGGAUAUUGGAUGUACCCUUGAGAAAGGUCGUUUGGUACGGAUAUUAAGUAGCUUAGUCAUGUCUUCAAUUGGGAGUGGGUAUGAUCUUACGGCUUCUCAGUUUUCUCGUGGUGGAAAUGUUUUUCAGAUUGAGUAUGCUUGCAAGGCGGUAGAAAAUAGCGGUACGGCGAUUGCUAUCCAAGGUAAAGACUGUGUAGUUUUUGCUGUGGAGAAUAUUAUCACAUCAAAACUUUACGAACCCGGUUGUGUUAAAAGGAUUUACAACAUUGAUGACCAUAUCGGCAUGGUGGUGAUGGGAUUUCAAACUGAUGCUAAAGCCAUCGUUGAGGCAGCCAGAGAGGAAUGUGCAAAUUAUCGUAAUAGCUUUGGGAGCCGCAUACCCCUCUAUUCUCUAACAGAACGACUGGCUAUGUACAUGCAUGCUCAUACACUUUAUAGUGCGGUUAGACCAUUUGGUGUAUCAGUUUUACUUGGUUCCUACGAAAACGAUGGUCCUCAUUUGUACGUGAUAGAGCCCUCUGGACUGUCUUUCUGUGCUAAGUCUAACUGAUCGAUACUCCUACCAGGUUUUACUGUAUUGUUGGGCUUCUGUUUCUUCUGGUUUAUCCUUGUCAAGUAGGAAAGCUCCAAAAUAGGAAUAUAUCCACAGUUAAUUAUUUUCCUGAAGUACCUCAAACUGAAAUCUCCAGGUAGCCUACCUGUCUAGCAUAUAAUUCUUUUCCUAGAUUCUUGUUCGUGAUUUUCGAGCAUUCCGUAUAACCUCGUCCUUUGUUUGUCAAGUGUUAAAAUCAACUUAAAUGUCAUGAAAUAUCUGGCUAGUCCGUAGAUGCUUCAGUAGCCUCAAAAAAUUCUGGUGAAGCUUGGUUUCGUUAAUCACUAAUAAAGCAGAAUUUUUUCCUGUUUUGGAAUUCAGCCAUCAUACAACAUUACUGUACAUUGUCAACUUUUCUUUUUACAUGAAAGGCUUAUUUUGGUUGUGCCAUCGGAAAAGCCAAACAAAAUGCAACGACUGAAAUAGAGAAACUGAAGAUUAACAACCUAUCUCCGGAAGAAUUAAUCAAGGAAGCAGCUAAGAUAAUUUACACCGUUCAUGAUGAAAUCAAAGAUAAGAAUUUUGAACUGGAUCUUAGUUGGGUCGGUGCAAAUACAAAAGGUAUACAUCAGCUUGUCCCCCGCAAACUCUUUGAUGAAGCAGAGACAUUCGCCAAACAGGCUUUAGAAGAAGCUGACGAUUUGGAUGACGAAGUAGAAUAAACCAUGUACAUUCUUUAAUUUUUACAUAAAUUUGUUGAAGCACAUGUUCCUUUAUUUUGUAUCAUCUGUCACACAAGGGUGUUCAAACUAAUGUUUCUAAAGAGACGUACUCUUUCGAUUAUUAGCAGGCAUUUAAACCAGUGCCCUGAAUAUUUCCUGGAACGGAAGGACAGCUGUAGGUUCGGUGAUUUUUUUCAGAUUUUAGCGUACUAUGACCGUAUCCAGUAUCGUCUACGGAUGAGAUAUCCUUCUGUCAAUCAGAAAACAAGUAUGUUACUUGAAAUUUUAUUCCACUUAUCUAGCUAUAUAACAAUAAUACAAUUGAUACCAUUCGAAAAAAAUAUUUCCGCAGUACUGUUCAUGAAGGUUUCUUUCACCUACUUGACAUGAUAUUACACAACUAGCACUUGGUGUAACAUGUGUAUUUACUCAAGAUCGUAGUGAUGCUUGUGUUGUAAACGAGUGUACAAUUAAAGAUUAGAUUGCAAAAGUGACUAGAAUCAAGAUCAAUUCAAGUAUUCAUUAUUUAGAAGAUACUCUUGGAGCACUGGAGCCAACGGUAAGCUCCUAAUAAGUUCAUUCACAGGUUGCUUAGGCAGAGAACGAUGUUGCGUGGAAUACCUGAGACAUUUGCGUAUUGUAAUUUUUGACCAUAGUGAGAGACGUUUUGGCUCAGACGACCAUUUAUUCAGCCAAUCAUUCACUGAAUUGUUUAAAUAACUAGAACUAACAUUACCAGUUUGUCUCAUUGGCCGUAUCUGGGAGAUAUUUCUAGGUACUGUGGUAUGCUGACUAGACUCAACGUAACAUGCAAUUAGUAUAUUGAGCAACUUGACUCUAUAAUCGGUUGAUAUUGAACGUGGCCAGUCCUGAAAAUUGCUCAAAAAUUUCAGACCUAAUUUAGCUGAAAAGUUUACAAUAAGAUUUAAUAAAGGGUAUUGAUGAAGCACGUGGACUGUAGAGGUCAUAAGUACAUUAGGAUUAAUGCUUGAGCAACUACUGCAUUCACUAUCGUUAUCGGAUACCAAUGGUAGAAAAUGCUGGUAAACAACAGACAUAAAGAUUUCAUGUCCAGGAAUAUUAUUAGAUGCUGGAAAGUAAGAAAGGAGGUAAAUUAGUUUUUCAUCAUUCCGUGGAGGCAGUGGUUGUAAUAAUUGACAUUCACAGUAGGCGUGGCUUAGGAAUUCAUUCAUAGAACACUGAGUAUCAUCUAGAGAAAAUAGUUUCAAAUUAGUAUACAAUACAGCACGUGAGAUAGUAAAAGUGAAUAUAUUAUGCCAGAAAAAAUCAAAGACAGAUUUUGACUGACGUAUAGUGUGUAGUUCCAGAAGUGUCCCCAGGUUGUAUUCGUGCUCAUUAAAGUUCGCCUUAGAACAAACCUCAUGCCAACAAUCGAUCCAAUCUGGAUUUGGGAAGCGUAAAGCUAAGGUGGCGAAAUAUAACACGAGUGGCAAUAAACAUCUAUCAGAAACUGUAGUUUUUGGAAUCCUAUCAAUAUCCGCCAAAUUACAAAUUAAUUGUUUUUGGAUAUCUGGUC